AUGGGUGUGAUAGCAGGCCCAGCUGAUCUAAUUGCCAGGCUAAUUAUCAAACAGAGAACCAAGAAACGGCACAUAAGUGAAAUAUUGCAUUUGUUGAGGAAACAACACCCCAUCCCCGCGUUACGAAGCGGCGGGUGUCAGCAGCCCUUCACCUGCGCCAGGCGGGUUAUCCAACCGCUGGAGGAGCAGCGCUCUCUGUGCAGAGCGCAGGACGGAGCAGCGCACGCGAAAGCCGCUCCGUGCCCCGGCCACGCGCUCAUCGCCCCGCAACGGCCGCAGCGCGCGGCCCCGCCCGGCACGGAGAUGGCAGAGCCGCGCAGCGCCGUGGCUGAGGACAGCAGCUGGAAACGAUACGUUGAAAGUGAACUUGAAACUGCAAGAAGAUGGUCUCACAAGUGGGGAUUUUUGAAAACAGCUCUUGAGGAGUUGACUGAAGAUGAAAAGAAAGAAAAAACAAAGCCCAAGAUACAGCUCCCAGAGCAUCUGCGGAUCCGACCUGUGACACCUGUGGAAAAAUAUAUUAAGGUGAAUCCAUCUCCUCCAGUUCCCAGGACUUCCCAGGGAUUCAUUGGCUGGAGAUCAGCUGUUCCAGAGCUCCAACUUGAACGUUGUUUUCAAAUCCAGAGCUGCAAAGGCGCCUUCUUCAAGGAUCUGAACUGGCCACGUGAGCCCUCCGACUGACAGUAGGAAAUAACAAGUAGGCACAUAGAAGCACUUGCAUUCCAAAGUUAACGUUCACUAGUGGAUUGUUAAACACCCAUAUAAGCACCCACAAUCUCUGUGGCAAUGUGUGAACAUCACAGUGCAGCAUUUUGCUUGUUGCAGAGUUUUUGGAACCUGUAGCAUUCAGGCUGUGAAUACUGCUUCAGAGUUGCCUAGUUUCCAAUGGAGCUGCCUGAUUGGUUUAAGUAAAGCUGUCAAAGGCCAUUCUGUAAAAUGAAGUCACUUUCUAAAAGCAGUUUUGGUAUCAAAAGUGUUUUUUGUUGUUCAGAAUAUAAGUUUCUAAGCAUAAGUUUCAAAACAAAAAUAUGCUACCAAGUAUUUAUGUUGCUGCAGGUUUUUUAUACCAGUGUUUAUAUCAACCAGGACUGGUAUGAACUCAGAAACAGACUGCUGAAGUCUAAGUUACUUCAUUUAAAAAAAAAAAAAAGAGAGAGAGAGAGGGAAAAGCUAAAUUGGCCUUCAAGUAUUUUCUUGCACUGAAAAUUUCUAAAUGCAUUCAUCUUCAUACAUCAUUUAACACGUUUUGUAUAAAAAAGACAAUGUGUUAUCAAAUCACUUCUUAUGGCGGGCCUAUUUUCAGAAAUAUUUGUGUAGAAACAAAAAUAAACACACGAACAACACAGCAGUUUCUUGAAUAACCCAGCAGGCGUUCCUCAGUUUAUCAAAUACUCUUUGGUAGGAAGGUUUGUCACGCAGCACUUAGGUUUGGCAGCUUGUGGAAUCUCACCUGUAUCCUGUUUACCAAACACAGCAGCAUAGCAACCACACAGCACAGUACAAUACAGCAUGGAGAGAGAAAAUAAAAUAUAUUUCCCAACCGUCACCUGCCAUUAAGUCAAUCAAAAAUCUGAACGAGGAUCAGAUCAGCACUGGGUCACUCCUGCCUCGCGCUCUCAGAUGAAGCUGUAUGAAUUGCUUCCUCCUGGAAGCGAUGAGGAAUCCGAGACGUUUGGUUUAGAAUGGACACGUUGUUCCCUUGGAUGCUGUUCAACUCUUACCGCUAUGAUUUUAGCAAAGCAAAUGGAGAUAAGAGGGAUGCGUUAACAGCAAACCACACGAAUACCUGUUUACACACAAUAGAUUGUUUCUGAAAUCUGUAGUAUUUGUUCUCUUGUGUUACAGUCUUGCAAACUACACUUUACAUUAAACACAUUCAUUAACAGUAAGGGAUUGCACUGGGAGCUACUGGUGCAGCUCUCUCGGUGUUGGAGGGCUCAGCCCUGCACUUCAUCACCCACCUGCAGAUUUGCCAGGACUUCUGAAAACUCAGAAGGAGCCUCAUUUAGGUGCUGUUUGCAGAUUCUAGUUCUAGUUAACUAAUACUUAACAUUCAAAAUACACGACUAUUGAAACAAGUAACAGACUCCGAGAAAUCCAUACAGGCAAUUCUUAGUACUCCUUAUUACUUAGGGAGAAAAGGCUUUCCUCUGUAAUCCUGCUGCUAGAUCUCCGUUGUUUUCUGCAGCAAUCAAUUUGUACUUGAGUCAGCACCGAGCCCUUGGCUUUCAUAGCAGUAGGUCAGCAGCUAGCGUUUGUUCUCUCCCUCUUCCCAAGGAAUGACUCACAGUGAUCAACAGCCCACCUACUUUUUUUACAUCCAGUUCCAAGUGCCCACAAAAUAACUGUGUUUUACUUUUUCCAUAUUCUUUACAAAUAAUGGAGAAGUGAAUCAUAUCCUUUGGAAAGAUUACCAAAGAAUGAGAAUACACAGCAGAACUAACUUCAGACUUAAAAAGCAGAAUAAAGAAUUACUUGGAAUCAGACACUGGAAAUUUAAACUAAAUUGCACUUUAGCUACUAAGUAUACACGUUAAACUGUUCAAUGAAAAAGCAAGAUAAUUAUAUUUUACAUCAUUUUUCAAUUUUAAGUGCUUUCUUGUCAUUGCUAUGUUUCUAUAUUUAUAUAAAUAUAAGUGUGUGUCUGUAUAUAUAAGAUGGUUCCUCAGCUUGUUUUAAGGUCAUGUAUAGAUCCUUUUAUUCUUGUUUGAUUUAGAUAAACAGGUAUUGUAACAUUAAUAUGUAAUUUGGUAGCAAUAAAAUUACAUGAAUUCCAGCAAAAUGAAAGGGGAGCUUCACAACCACAGUUUUAAAAUGUUACAUUAAAGGUCCAGAGCUGGCAUCUAAUAUCCAGUAGAUGUUUGUGUGAACUGAAAACCAACUCCAUACGAGUCUCUGAUUUUGGAAGCCCAAAUAAGCUCCUUGUCCACCACCUAUCAUUGGGCAUUUCUGAAUCUUAUUUCCAGUGUCUGAGUAUUGCCUCUGUAUGAACAACGGAGUGGUGUUUGUUGUUUUGUUUUGUUUUUUUACUAUACUUUCUAUCAUUUAUGGUACUUUUACUUCCAGAAAUACUUUGAUAAUUUGAGGGAUGCGUAAGCACUAUUGCCUAAAAUUUUAACUUCCUAUAGGGUAAAUCUGUGAUCCAUACAUCUAGGAUUUUGGUAUUCAAGAAUACACAAACUAGAAACCUUUCUUUUCCCAGCACAUUUAAUUUGAUCUUUUGUACCUAAAAAAUGUGUGAAGUAGUUUUAGAUUUGCAACUGACAAUGUACUGCCCAGUCAGCUGCCUCAGUCGUGAACCCAACUUGCUGAUCCAGGAUCAUUAAAUCAUCUUGUAAGGUU